ACCAUCUGGUUGUUCUUUUAUAUAGUCUUUUUGGUGUUGCUAUGAGAUUUUCCUGGCAACCAUGUUGGGAGAUCUGAAGAUUUUGACUGAUUCAUCAACUAGUUUCAUAAUAUGUAGCCAGAUCUAGUGUUCUCACGACGUCUUUCACAGAUUUGGAGCUGAAAAACGAGAGUCAAGUUGAAUGCAUUUCGACCCAGGCUAAUUCGUUUUUUCCCUUCUUGGCACAGAGGAUCUCCUCUACGAAUGUAAUGUCUGCACUUUGUGAAGCCACAGGAGCAGAUAUUACAGAAGUUUCCCAUGCUGUGGGGAAGGAUUCAAGAAUUGGUCCGAAGUUCUUGAAUGCUAGUGUUGGGUUUGGUGGAUCAUGCUUCAAGAAGGACAUCCUGAACCUGGUAUACAUCUGUCAGUGCAACGGCUUGCCUGAGGUUGCUAAUUAUUGGAAGCAGGUCAUCAAGAUCAAUGAAUACCAGAAGAGCCGGUUCGUUAACCGGGUAGUUUCGUCCAUGUUCAACACUGUUGCUGGUAAAAAAAUUGCGGUCCUCGGCUUUGCAUUCAAGAAAACACAGGAAACACCAGGGAGACACCUCUGCAGUGGCCUUCUUGGUGACAAGGCAAACGUCAGCAUCUAUGAUCCUCAAGUGACUGAGGAUCAGAUCCAAAGGGACCUUUCCAUGAAGAAAUUUGACUGGGACCAUCCAAUUCAUCUGCAGCCAAGAAGCCCCACUGCCGUCAAGCAGGUGAGUGUUGUGUGGGAUGCAUAUGAAGCAACAAAGGAUGCACAUGCCAUCUGCAUCUUAACUGAGUGGGAUGAGUUCAAGAACCUAGAUUACCAAAGGAUCUAUGAUAACAUGCAGAAGCUUGCAUUUGUGUUUGAUGGCCGAAAUGUUGUUGACACUGAGCACCUGAGGAACAUUGGUUUCAUAGUUUACUCAAUUGGCAAGCAGCUGGAUCCAUGGCUCAAGGACAUGCCUGUUAUGGCAUAGGCAGAGCAUGUAUGAAAAUGUUACAGUUUGUACUGCAUUUUCAUGUCUGCUUAUUUUGAAAUUUGAUGACAUAUC